CCCGUGACAGUUCCCGAUUUCAGACGUCAUGUCCACUGCCUCCGCGCCUUCGUCGCCGACUUCCAACCACGAUCUCAUGUGCACGAAGAAGCGCAAGGUGGGCGUGCCCAAGUUCCUUCGGUACCUGUAUCAGAUCCUCGACAAGGAGGACCACACAGUCAUCGCGUGGGCCAACGGCGGAUCGUCUAUUCAAAUCCUGGACACGGACCGCAUGGCUCAGUACAUCUUGCCAAAGUACUUUAAGCACUCCAAGUACGCGAGCUUCCAGCGCCAGCUCAACUACUUUGGGUUUCGCAAAUGGACCAAGUCGCAGACCAACAUUUGCACGUUUUCCCAUCCCGACUUUCGUCAGAACCGACCAGACCGGUUGUACCUGAUCAAGCGCAAGAACAGCCCCGAAAGUUCGAGGAAGAAGGUGCCGUCCCAGAAAUCCACCAACUCACACAACAACAUGCACUUCCGCCAACCCCACCACACCCUCAUGCACCUCAACUCGAUGCCCGACUUCCUAGCCGCGUCAUCCACGCCUACGUCGUACCAUCGCAUGUUCCCGGCGGACUUGAAAGAGUUCAAGCAACAGCCGUCGUAUGUCAUGGGCGACAUCGAGAACCUCCACAUUCAAACGGAUGGCCCGAGCUUCAACCUCCUUGACAUGAGCUCGAUCUUUGCGCCCACGCCGCUGCCCCUCCCCCCGACCACCCUCCUCCCAGACAACAAGGAAGAUGACCCGGCCAACCACUUUGACUUUGACAUGAACUGCGCCUGGCUAGACAACUUUAACCCCGCCGAGUCUGUCACAAACGCGUUUGGCCAACCCGAGUAUGCUUAAACGUGGAUAUCAA